CAAAAUCAAACAAUAACGCUCAAGCUUCCUUGUGAUAUUACGUAGGUGAAUUUGGAUUUAUUAUUUAAAAUUAGUGCCCCGUUGUUCCUCUGCCAGUGUGUGUGCGCCAGUGUUCCUUUAGAGAAGAAAACAAUCGGAAGAAAACAUGUUUCGAGAAGCGGCAAACACGAAUCGAUCGUUAAAAAGUUGCACGUUGUCAGCUUUGAGGUCCAGACUGCCGCAGCUUACCAUCAGGCCCAACAAAGUUGUGAUACAGGCAGCUUCGAUUACUCCAACCAGCAAAACAUCACCCAGAAUCAAUGUUACUGCAGCACCGACUAAAGCAACAACCAGUGCAAUACCUUCACGAUUGUUACCACCAAACAGUUUUAAAGCAGCUUCAGCCAAAGCAACAACCAGUGCAAUACCUUCACGAUUGUUACCACCAAACAGUUUUAAAGCAGCUUCAGCCAAAGCAACAACCAGUGCAAUACCUUCACGAAUGUUACCACCAAACGCAAACCAAGUUUUAACGCAGCUCCAGCCAAAGCAACAACCGCACAGUACAAUCCUAUGCUCCUCAAUACAUGUAAAAUAUAUCGACCAACACCCACCGUUAAAAAGCCGGCACCAUCCAUCAUCGAUGCAACUUCUGAGAAAGAAAAACGAAAUGUGUUAAAUUUGAAAACGGGAAAAUUGUACCGACCAAAACUUCUUAUAAAUACAUCUCCUGAGACAGUGUCUGUAGCAUCACGCAGUACACAAACAUCUAUGCUGGAUGCCGCGCAGACAAAUCCAGCUACAAGCUCAGCAUUUGAAAGUCAAACCAGCGAGCAACUAACUGUACUGAAUAAGUCUGUUGCACUGAUCUGGGCUGAGCUGAAUUAUUUGACUGAUCACCGUAACAAAACAACUUAUGGAGCAGGUACGAUGCAGGGGCCGGGGCAUCCAAUAACAACAUCGAUUAUGACACUACCGUUCCUUACAUCGGAAGCAGAGCUAACUGCUUUCAACGAAAACUUAGGUAACGAUGACUUUUUUGAAAGCGUCCUUCUUCUUAUUAAUGAUAAAGUAUCCGGAAAGCCGUAUGCUAAAAAUCGCAUGCAUGACACAUUCAUGAUGCUGUUCGAUAGAACAUUUUUAGCGACAUGCAGUUGGCGUGGUGGCGGUAAAAACGGCCCUGAAACAAGACUGGACGAUAAAGCCAAUAUUUGGCGAUUAUUAAAAACUGUAGGAGAACAGUUUGAAAUAGUUACAAUUGAAGACGUAGAACGUUUUGCAAAAACUAAAAUUAACAAUGCGUCAAGCUUAAAAAAAUAUAAAGGUUUGGUUAAAAGCUCCACCAAGUGCUCGCACAAACGAGACAAAAAUAAUAAUAAAUAAAAUUAUUAAACGAAUAAAUUACAUUAGUUUUGUUUUCUGUCAAACAACUUAUAUGAAACAUAGCUAUUCGGCCUGGUCGUUCAUCGGUGAUUAGAACAAAACAUUAUUAAAACAAAAGGUUAUUAUGUACGGCGUGGAAUAAUUAAACAAAGGGAGUUGGCCAUCAUCACAAGCUACGUAAAUUCGCUCGCUAUUACUUUCAAUUUCGUAAAGUUUAUCUUUUUAGGAAUGGUCCGGUACGGAGUCCUAAUUUUUAUUUAUCCUUCCUUCCCGUUGCCUUCUUGAGUUAGAGCUGGCGCGGUCUUCCUUCUUUUCGUCUCGAUUGUGCGUUGAGAGCGGUCUUCUUUCCUACUUUCUCGGUUGGUCCUCCAGGAGAUGUGAUCCUUGUCGCGGAUGGAACGAUACUGAUCCUGGUUUGGAUAUGGCACCGUUUUUAUACUCUGGUGUCCGUAUCCAGAACCUUCUGGCGCUUUGUAUCCGCCUUCUCGUGUCGGGUUCUCGAAUCUUCCACGAUCGUCUGGCCCGCCUCGCGUGGCGGGUUCCCGAUCCUUCGAGAACUCGUAUUUCGUGCGUUUCCCCCUAGAUGGCGUUCUGCGAGUGUUUGUGUCCUGGCUAUUUCUCUGUAACGCGUUCCUAGCCUAGGACGCUCAGUCGCUACA